AUGCAUCCGGUUCUUUGUCAACUGAGAUGCUGGGCAUCUAGUGACGACACUGACGAUGCCACGGUGAUAGGCCAGCCAGAGGCUACGAAAUUUGAAGGUGUCAACUUUUCUUCGGCUCGCCCCCUUUGCGCCCCCCUCCCUCACUUCUACGAGGAAACUUGGGCUUACAUCAGGGGCAAUAUCUGGGUUAUCAACAAGCUCCCUGGCGUGAAAAUCAAGGCUCUGAAGUUGGCCCAGCAGUCACCAUCCCGGGCAGCACCCGUGAAACAGCAGAAGAACGCUAGCUCAUCACAGAGCCGAGCGGAAUUUCUCUCUUGGUUAAGAGAACGGAGCCAAAAGAUACAACAACGAAUGUUGCUGGCUUUGAAGACGCCACGUCGACGGGCAACAGGCGACGGUAAGGCAAGCUUGUCGCUGGCCGUUAAGAGACGUUCAUUUCAGAUUCUGGUGCAGCACGAGAUAGACCAGAUUGUUACCAAGGCAUCAACGAGGAGGACGAGUGCUACUAGCGAGACUCUUAAACCAAGCCCCGGCGCUAUUGGCAUCGCGAUGACAACCCCGGAUCACUACCUCGUAUAUGACGGCCUUCGGAGCUCACCACCCACAACGCGUACCAGUCCUCACACGUGGAAGUCCUACACAGGUCCCUUUUCCAGCCCGCAGCCAGCCAAAGAGGCAGACGAUGUCAGUGAGGACGCGUACUCGAACGGCCCCGACUCGCUCACCCCGGAAGAACUGCUCGCCGCCCUGCUGUUCCGGUGGCAACGGAUACGGCGCGGGUUCCCCAAGUCGGACGCGGCGCUGGCGUCGCUGGCCGACGCGAUCGACUGGACGGGGGCGGAGGGGGCGUUCGCGGCGGAGUCGUAUACGCAGCGGGUAUCCAAGUAA